CGCCUAAUAUUUCUCAGCGACUUCUGGUUCAUUCCGGAUCAUUUCGGCUGUCUCUAGUUACAGUUGGGUAUAUAAAAGUCAGUAGCAUAUUUUCUUCAUAUUGAGAAAAACUUUCUACACGAGUGUGAUACUGGAUCCUAACCGCGGAAAAUGAAUAUUGACGAAUUGGGGUACAGAGAUACGGACAAGAAAAUGAGUUCUGAGUCGAAUAGCUCUGGAGAUAACAGCAUCGCCAUGAUUAAACGCGGAGAGGAAGAUGAGGGGAAUGACAAAAGAGGGGGAUGGAAAGGACGAUUAGACUUCAUUCUCACCUGUAUAGGGUACGCUGUCGGACUUGGCAACAUAUGGAGGUUCCCCUAUCUCUGUUACAAGAGUGGAGGAGGUGCUUUCUUCAUUCCUUAUUUCAUAUUUUUGCUGUUAUGUGGGUAUCCGCUGUUCUUUUUGGAGGCUAGUUAUGGUCAGUUUAGCAGUCUUAGUCCUAUAACUACGUGGAGAAUGAGUCCACUUUUUAAAGGUGUUGGUGUUGGCAUGGUGAUGGUAUCCGGGCUGGUUUGUGUUUAUUACAAUGUCAUUGUCGCCUGGACGCUCUACUACCUCUUUAUGUCAUUUCGGGCUGUGUUGCCAUGGAGUCAAUGCGGUAAUGACUGGAACACAGAAAACUGCGUGGAUGGAUCUGAAAGGAUUGUGACAAACAGCACACAGAGCAACUAUACGACAUUAAAUAGCACUAACAUCAUGUCCAACAUUUCACAAUAUGUCAUUUCUGCAAACGGCUCAAUUACACACCUUUCUGCAAAGACUAGUCCAAGCGAGGAAUAUUGGGAAAAUCAUGUCCUUGAACUAUCUGGAGGAAUUGAGGAGGCGGGAAUUAUCAGAUGGCCACUUUUGCUGUGUCUCAUAUUGGCUUGGUUCUUUGUCUUCCUGUGUCUGUUUAAAGGCGUGAAAGUAUUGGGCAAGGUGAUGCAUUUUGCCGCUCCCUUUCCAUACCUAGUUUUAUUAGUUCUUCUUAUCCGAGGGGUGACCUUACCGGGUGCUUUGGAAGGCAUCAAAUUCUAUGUUCUUCCUAAAUGGGAAAAACUAGGAGAGUUCCAGGUAUGGGGAGAUGCUGCCUUGCAGAUUUUUUACUCUGUCGGUAUGGGAUGGGGAGGUAUUGUAACUAUGGCCAGCUACAAUAAAUUCACCAAUAACAUUUACAGGGACGCUUUGAUUGUGCCAAUCAUUAAUUGUGGAACUUCAAUAUUUGCUGGUUUUGUCAUUUUCUCUGUUCUUGGGUUUAUGGCCCAUCAGACUGGCUCAUCAAUUGAAGACGUAGUCAGCCAGGGCCCAGGUUUAACAUUUGUGGCGUACCCAGCUGCCGUUGCCAAGCUACCGAUUUCUCCACUCUGGGCUGUGCUGUUCUUUCUUAUGUUGUUUACUAUUGGUGUAGACAGCCAGUUCGGUAUGGUUGAGACAUGCAUCACAGCGUUCUUGGAUACUUUCCCAAAGACUCUGAGGAGCAGACGAGUGCUUGUCUCUGCAAUCGCCUGCACGAUUGAAUGUCUUCUUGGGCUGCCAUUAAUUACACAGGGAGGAAUAUACGUCCUACAGAUUAUUGACUGGUAUUGUGCGAGUUUUUCGCUCAUGUUGAUAUCACUUACCGAGGUUCUUGUCAUCGCUUACGUUUACAAAACCGACCGAUUUAUGUCAGAUAUCGAGUUCAUGAUUGGGUUUAGACCACAUGCAAUCUGGAUUUACCUUUGGAAGUUCAUAACACCAGCUGUUAUCGUGUUUAUUUGGUUGUUCAGUGUAAUUACACUCGGUCCUGUGACUUAUGACGGGCGAUCUUACCCUCAAUGGGCUAUAAUAUUCGGAUGGUGUCUUGGUGUUUCCUCCGUUAUACCAAUACCUGCUCUCAUUAUCUACCAGAUACUGCGGGAGAGAGGUUCUCUUCGUCAGAGAGUCAUUAAGUUGAUGAAACCAUCCGAACAAUGGGGACCUAGUGUCCAAGAAGAUCGGGACAGAUACUACAAACAUUUAAAUCUUCAAAAGAGGAUGGACCUUACUGCACGACAGAUUGAAGACGAUGAUGACAUGGAAAAGCACAUGUUUCUGCCUACAACUGAAAAGUCAAGCAUGCCAGUAUGAAGCGAAAAUAUGAUGUCACCAUAUUAACAUUAAUAAAUACAUCAAUAAGGAACGUUAGUUUCCUUAUAUCGCACUGUGGUUCCUAUCAGUAACCAAUAAUUGGAGACAAAAUAAACACGAUCUGACCAUUGGUUGCUUAAGUAGAUAGGUCCCCGGGUCCCGAUAUUGAUGAACAUGGGUAAUUUACAACUGUUUUGAAAAAUGAAAUCCGUAACGGAAACAGGAUAUGUUAAUGAUGAAAUAAUAUUAUCAGUAAAUAUUUGACGAAUUGGAAAUGCAUACUGUUGUAGUGAUUGCUCACUAGAAAAUCACUAUUAAGACAACUGAGCCAUGUUUAAAUGCCUUGUUUUGUUUUGUCUGGCGAUAUUGUCUUGUAAAAAAAUACUUCCUUUCUUUUUGCAUUUUAUGAUUGACCAGUAAUUGAUUGUGGUCAUAAUUCAUUUCAAAAUAGAUCUCCUUUGUUGUCUUUAUAUUUGAAAUCCGUAAUAGAAAUCCAGGCAAAAUUCUAUUAUGAUUCCUAUAAUAAACUUACCAUGAAACAUUUCACUUCUAGAGUCAUUAUAAUAUAAUAUUAUGUUUCCAUUGUUUUAUAUUAAGUGCUAUGUACUAUUAUUAUUUAAAAAGAUUUUACUUCAUACUUUGUUUUACUAAAACUGAAAAAAAUAGAAAAGAUAUUUUUACAGUUCACAGUAUUAAACAGUAAUAAUUUUACAUUGCAGUGAUACUCUUUUUCAUUCGAAAAUAUCACACUGAAAACACCUCAACCAUGAUCAAUCGAUUAUGGCAUUGCAAAGUUCACUCUAAGUCAUUUAUAUUUCAUAACGUUCUCAUAAGCACUAGCAUCUGAAAUCAAUAUAUCAUUUACAUGUUAUUUACCAUUAGUUGGAAGAAUGGUUUAUAUUUGCUAUACAAUCAAUAUUCUAAUAUCCACUACAAGGGCGAAUGUUACAAAACAUCCACAUAUCAAAUAUGUAAUCACAUCUAUGUGAUAAUUAUUUAUAGUGCUAAACACCAAAGAUUGUGAGAUUUUUAUAUGGAAUCUAGUCUUAAUCAAAUCCAUAUUGUCCUUUUUCAGUAUUUACAUUUUGAUUAUUGUAAACAUAGGACCAGUUAAAAUGCAAGAGAUCGAUGCGGUAUGUGUUAAACCAAUUAAAAUGUAUUACUUUAUAAAUUACAUGUGGAUUGUGAAGUAGUGUUAUAUAUAUUUUAUCUUUAGUUGAUACACUAGAAAUGAAGUACUUAAAAUCUGUACGGAGCACUAUUAAGCUAUGUUUUGUCGUAAGAAUAUUACGGUUAGUAUUAUUUGUUUAUAUGAUUAUGUAGGUUAUAUUUUAUAGUUUGUACAUCGUAGAAUAUAUUUUGAUGACUGCUUUUCGUUGGUUAUUGUAUAUUAUAUAUAUAUAUGUUAAGCUUAUUGGGAAACUAAUAUAGGUACACUUGUUAUAUUUUAAAAAAAAACGUAAGACAUACUGAUAAUUAUUAAAAGAAAAGGUACACAUUUUUUCGAGGGUAACAUGUGUGAUUAUUGAAAUUAACAUUCCAUAUAAUGAGAAUAAAUUACCCAAUUAUAGAAUAUCAUUAUUACACAUUAGGAUAUCCUAAAUACUCAAUCUAUCAGUAGGUCUAUGGUUUGGUCCAUCCUUUAAUAGUAUGUUAUGUAACCUUGAUAUGUGGAUAAUCCAAUACACUCCUUUUGUUGUGGUCUUAUUAAAUCAACUUAACAAAUCGAAAUUAUCCCGAUCUGAAACAAUGUAAAUUUCGACCGUGUGUAUCCAUGGAACAGGAGAUAAUAACCCUUCUGGAGCAUAUUCUUUCUCUUGGAGAGUGUGAGGAGAUUAAACAUUACCUUCAAAGAACACUAGCCAACUUGGAGUGUUUAAUAUAAUCCUUCGGAGACUUGUCCGAAUUUAGUUAUUGUCUAAACUAUUUACUUAUCUUUUCUGGAGUUAGUGAUUAUUUUCAUAAAGCACCUGUCUCGUCCCGUAAUGUCCUUUGUCAUGUUUAUUCGUGUUUCUUAGUUUUCGUUGACGUUUUUGGUAUCGAAUAGAAUUGAAUAAAUACACUGAUUUGGUAUAUUCUACUAUCCGUAUACAUACAUAACUAACAUAUUCAUUUGUGCUCUAUAUGUUUUAUAUACUUGUACAACACAAGAGAAAAUCACUAUUUUGUAAGAAUUUGAAGUUCGGUGCUCAAUGUAAUAUGGUGUUAAUCCUCUACCAUAUAAAUAUGUAAAUAGUCAGUUAUCGGCCAUUGUAUUACAGUAUCAGAUGGUGAUUUACUAAAUUAGUCUGUAAGAUUUUAGUCGUAUAUCCACACAAUGUGAACAUCACACUUUCUCUUAUAAAUACGAGGUGCGUAAUAUUUGUUGACCAAUUUAAUCAAGUUAUUUGCACUAAUCAGUUGUAUCUGUGAUAAUUUCGUGAUCUGUUCCAGCAGAAUGUAACUGAACGAAAUCUACUUACCAAAGAAAUUAUUGAAAUUAAGACUAUUAUUUGAUCAUACUUAAGAAUUAUGAGCGCUUUUGCAAUUGUAUGUUUUCAAGAUCCGAUACUGUGUAUAUGUCACUGUCUGUAUUUGUUCCUUGUACAGUUUGUGUCUGAUGUUGAAGUGUACAUAAUGCUUUGGAAUGUGUAUAAAUAUUCUUUCUUUUUGAUUAUUGAUAUGUAUGUAAGGAUCAGCCUUUUAAAAGUUUUCUUACUCUCUUGUCAUAUCUCAAGUGAAAUGUUAUUUGAGAAAGACGUGCUCACUCUCUCCCUAUUGUUAAAAGGAAGUAGAGCAAAUGAUAUUUUGAGUGUUUCUUAAUAUUCAAAGAAAAUAAAUUCCUUAAACAAAUAUGAACUGGUAUAGGAUGGUAAUAUCGACGGUAAUGGUUUAACGAAAGAACAAAUGAACUCACGAAUUUAUGACAAACAGUGCACCAUAUAGACUAUUGUAAACAUUAAUUUUCCUUUUCGAAAAACAGAAUUAAAGAGUUAUUCAUUUAAAUUAUCCUCUAGAAAAUUUAAUAUACGAAGUUAAUGAUAUUUACAAGAUACCAUAGAAAAUAUUUUACAGCAUUAUUUUGAAUAUGGAACAUUUCAUCUAAUUUUUUACGCGUUGGUGCUGUGCUUUUAUUAUUUGUAUUAUUUUUUACUAUUGGUCAGGUGAAGCCAAACAUUGCCAAAUGAUCUUGAACUCAUUAACGAAAUCUUAGGACAUCACAGUCAUCAAACUUACUAUAUACAUUAUUGUAAACGUUGUCGUUGAUAAAAACAUUUCUCAACAUAACAAUGUCUGUUUCCAUAUUCUCUCUUCAAGCAUUUCGUUUUUGUAAUUUGAGUGCAAUGUAUAGACGUUAAAAUCAAAUAACAGUUUGGCUACUAGGGCUGACUAUCAUACGUGUUGUCCGUCCAUUUAGUUUUCCCAAAAUGAUGUACUGAUACAAAUUUACAUAGAGCGUUUUAAGUACGGGCUAAGCGUGUCAGCCCGGUAAAUAAAGGAGAGACAUCAUAUGUUAUUUGAUUAGAGAAUACUCCAAUGUAUUGUUAUAUGAUUAAAAUGUAUAAAACUAGUUUGUAGCUUUCUUAAUCAACAAAUCGCCUUGUAAGCACUAUAUUCCGUGACGAAAUAACUUUCUUUGUUGUCAGCAUUAAUAAAAAAAACAAUUUAGUUUGAUCAGUAAACAAUGAACAAUCAAUUGCACUAGUAUUAGCACAUGUCAGUUAUUUUAUUACAAAUAAAUAAUGAAAUUAAAAUGUAAAUGAGCUUA